AUGAGUGCGGUGAAGAAUGAAGAGUCGUCCCAGCCCAAGAGAAGACGGAUAAGUCAAGCUUGUGAUUUUUGCCGGUCAAAGAAAGCCAAAUGCGACGGACUCACGCCCUCGUGCUCCAACUGUGCCGCUAGUGGAGAAACAUGCAAGUAUACUCAGUCGUCCAAGCGCAGAGGGUUGCCCACGGGGUACACGCAUGACCUCGAAAAGCGAAUCUUGAUCUUACAGGGUUUGCUUGGAAGCUUGGUGGAGAAGGAUGCCAAGAUCGAGAGUCGCAUUUUGGAAACACUCAAGGACUCGGCAUCGUUUAUCGAGAACUUGACCAAGUUGAACCGGCUGUGGGCGGGCACUUCCACGUCAAAGGGGGUAGAAAUGAUCCAGGAAGAACUCGACCCCGUGUUCAGGGGCAUGAAACAUGGAAAUAUCUUGAAAAGCGUGGCCUCUUCAAACCAGAGUAUUCGCGAUAGCAACUCCAAUCUGCCGUCAAGUGCAUCAGAUCAGUUCUCGGAAUCGGGACGCCUUCAGAAGGCCUCUUUGAUCAAGUUGGAAUCGGACGGCGACGCCAAGUCGGUUCAAGCACCUUCGGACGUUCUGCUGCUACCGACAUCGUACACCCACGAUCCUCCCUCUGACCAAUACCAUAUGUUGAGCACUUCAAACUCGCUAUACCCAGUGAGUAUCGUCAACGAUCCUUCAUUCUUUUUAAACUACGAUGUUUUCCAAUUUAUUUCCGACGAAAUUGAAGGUGCCGACAGCGCUGAUGAUAGUUGGGAACCAGUGGCCCUCCAAUACCAUGGUUUGUCUUCGAUUAUAUCUGGCUUCACCAAUAGAGCCAUCCAACUGGCUUACAAUCAAAAGAUGCAAAAACGCAAAAAGAACCCAUUCCGCGUGGGCUCCAUUUUCAACGUGUCGUCGUUUGCAAUCAACGCUGCGUUCCAAACUAGUAUCCUGCUCCCAGCGGAAAUCUUUAAGCUUCCAUCAAAUGUACGGCAACAUGUCAAUGACUAUUUCCAGAUCAUCCACAUCAUAUUCCCCAUCGUUGACAAGAUCAUGAUCAACAGACAACUACACCAUUUGCAAACCAGCCAUAGCGACGAGCGGCAGAAUGUCGAUUGCAACUCGAUUGCAUUGUUGUGGGCCGUGUUGGCCUUGGGUGAAUGCUGCGCCAACCCAACGGCCGACAUGAGCAUCAGCAUGGAGUACGCCAAAAAUGCCAUUAUGGCUUUAGAGCAUUCUCUUACCUCGACUAUAGAAACGAUGCAGGCGAUGUUAUUGUUGGGGAUCUACUACUACCAAGCCGGCCAAUGGGACUACUCGUGGGUCUUAGUCAGUUCCAGUUCUAGAAUGGCCAUUGAUGUGCGGUUGAUGAGACCUGCGACCGAUGAAGAGAAGAACCGGUUCAAAACACACACGAGCACAACGCUAAACAACAUCAGCCGAGAGCGGACUUGGGCCGGCGUGUUUUUGUUGAAUACAUUCUUGUCUGCGCGAAUGGGUAGGUCGCCCGUUGUGAGGGCUACUGAUUGGCCCGUGCCUCAAGUCAAUAACGAUGGCUGGGAAGAAUGGGAUCCCUGGGUCAGCUACCAGGCGCCCAAUGAGUUGAAAUUAGACCACGGUAGAUUUCUUUCAGCAUUCAACGAGCUAUUGAAAAUUAUUGCCAUAUUGAAUUUGGCCAUCACUUCGACGUUGCACACCGUUAAGGGAAUGGUGGAUGACCCCGAGGCAGAUGUCAAACCUGACUUGAAACUCGACUACGACGAUCGUAAAAACUCCGAGAUGAAGACGAUGAAAGAUUUCGAGUCUUCAAUCAACGAGUGGUCCAAUAAUGUACCCAGUUUUUUGCAAUUGAAACCCAAGAAUAACCCACCAACGGUUUUAAGCUCGCAUGGUGUUAAGCAGCUCAUUUGGUGCAUAUUGAUGGUGAGAUUGAGCAAAUUAAAAGGAACCAAUGAAACGCAGGACCGAAUAAUCAAGGCAAGAAACAGGACGUACACCAGAGCCAUCACCAGUUUAAAGGAGAUUUUCACUGCCGAAACGGUUGCCUUGGUCCAAUGCUAUCCAUUUGUUGACUAUUUCUUCACCAUGAUGCUAAAUUUCCCACAAAUGAAUGACAUGCACACUGAACAGGAACAAAUGGUGUACUAUAGAGAUGUGAGAAACAUAAUGACAACGGCGGCAGCCACGUCUGCCCCCAUGAGAGUCUCGCUCGAGAUAUCCAAGAUGCAAGUAGUAACUGAGCCACCUUCGCAGCUAGAUACACCAAAGGCACAAGAGAGUCCCACGAUUGCCAAUUUGCUAAAUUCUCCAACUCAGCAAACGGCACGAACGCCAUCUUUGCCCCUUGGUCAGCGUCCAUUCGCUUUUAAGCCGAUGGUGGAGCCCUUGGAUGCUCAAUCUCGUGCAUUAUUGAAUGGAGUCGAUGCAUUGAGUCCGCCGUUGGACCAUGAAUAUGAUCAGAAGUUUAGAAGAGGAGCAAGACCAAUUCCAGUCGGUCCUCAUCCUCAUCCUCAUCAUCAACAUCAUCGUCAACAUCAGCAUCAACAUCAACAUCAAAAUCAGCAUCAACAUCAAAAUCAGCAUCAGCAUCAGCAUCAGCAUCAACAUCAGCAUCAACACCCUCAUAGUCAUCCUAAUGACCGCGGUCUCGUCCCGCCAAUUGUCGGACCUCAACCUGACUCAUCAACGCGUCCCAUAGGCUCCAGUGCAGGUGCAAAUCCGAAUCCAUAUCGACAACAAAAUCCGGCUUAUCCUCCACAGGCUCCACUUCCCAAUAGUCAAUAUUACGCACAUCCGCUUUUCCCGCAACAGAAUAUGCCGUUGAACGGGCAAAUCAUGGAGAAAACCAUGGGUGGUGGUGGCGGUAUGGCUAGUUCUGUGCCUCUUCCCAAUGGCCCAUACAAUUUCGGAAACCCCCAAUAUUGUCAAUCGCCCACUUUGCAUUCUAGUUCUGUACGACAGCAAGUUCAGCUGCCGCAUCAGAAGCAAGGUCAAUAG